AUGUGUACUGUUAUGGGGCCCAUUGUCAUUGAUUUCUACGGACGAGGUUCAGCUGUCCAGGAUCGGUGUGUGUAUGAACUGAUGACGCCCACUGAAACACUAAACGUCACAAUACUGGCAGAGUUCCGGGAGCGUCGACGUCGUGAUUUCAGCUUUUUGGACCGUGUCAUUGUGCAACAGCUGGGCUCAAAUGUUCAAACAGUUCUGGGUCAAGGUGGGAGAGUGUGGGUUGACGGCACAUUGGUGACGCUGACCAGCACACCUCAGCUUUUCAACAACAUGAUGCUGUCUCAGGACCAAACCGGAGUCACCCUCCAGAUAUCACAGACCUACAACCUUUCUCUCUUCUUUGAUGGCAACACUGCACAGAUCAACGUCUACGCUCUGACAAGGGCUGUUCCAGGAAAUCUGCAAGGUCUGUGUUCUGAUUCCGGUCAACUGAGUCAAAUGAAGCAAGUGGGACUGAGCAACGCUGACUGUGCUCUCCUGAUGGGGGCGCCCUUCACCACCUGUAACAUCGACCCACAGCCCUACAUUCUAAGCUGCGGAUACACUUUGUGCCGAUAUCCUGCAGUGGACGGUUUGAAGUGCCAGUUCAUGGAGGCCUACGCCAGAGACUGUAGAAUCCGCAGAAACACCAUGAUGGACGGCUGGAGGUCAAGCGUCAGCUGCCCUGGUCCUCAGGCCUUCUGUCAGGGCCGGUUCUGCAGUGAUCAUGAGUUCUGUGGUGAGAAGUCGUACGGUGGUGACACUCGGUGCUUCUGUCGAGCCAUUUUUGCCUCCCAGAAUGGACCAGCUUUUGAGCAGUCAACAGUCUGCAUAGAAAACACUGCUUCGGUUACUUUUGUUGGUUGUCUCCUGGAGGAUUUUGGCAUUGACUACACCGCCCUACACCUGAAAGAUGAGACCUGCAAGGGUCAGGUGGACAAUAUGAACCACAUGGUGUCCUUCACCUUUGACGGCCACAACACCUGUGGUACAGUGGUCACGGCCAACGACACACACCUAAUCUACAUGAACACCAUUAUGUCAGAAAAUAGAUCUGGUGAGAUUGUUCGCAGUGAAGACGUGCUGAUUGACCUCUCCUGCUUCUACGAUCAACCAGACAUAAAGAGCUACAGCAUCCAAAUCAGAGACGGCUCUGUGAUCCAGCAGUUAAGAUAUGGACAAUGGUUUUAUAACCUGACCAUGAAGGUCUACUGGGACUCUGCUCGUACCCAACCUAUUGUGGAGGGAACCGAUAUCCAGCUGAACUACAAGAUCUGGGUGGAACUGAAGGCAGAUGGACUGGAUAGCAGAAUUGUUGCUGUGGUGAUAGAAUCUUGCUGGGCAACUCAUGACCCAUUAUCCAAUGGGACUCUCAGACAUGACCUGAUCGUGAACAGCUGUGCUAACCUCAAUGAUGGAACAGUGACGGUGGAAAGCAACGGACAAGGAACCACCAGCUAUUUCUCCUUCAACACCUUCAAGUUCUAUGGGCAAACUGGUGACGUCUACCUGCACUGCAGAGUCCAUCUGUGUGGAACCAUCAACAACAACUGUGUUCCGAAUUGCAACACAAACACCAGACGACGCAGAUCUGCCAGAACUAAUUAUGACGUUGAAAACUCAGCCUUACUGACCUUGGCCUGGAUUAAUUAGAUGAUGUUUGUGACUCGGGUUGCGACCAGAUGGACCUUCAGAGGAAUUGCUGGAGGUUUCAACAUGCUGAUUACAAACCUGAUGCCUAAAUUCACUUUGAUUUUGUUUUGGGACAUGAUUUGUUGGGUUCUCAUUGAAUUCAUUUUUACUGUUUUAAUCAGUCUCUCUCUGGUUGUGAUGAGGUUCAUUUAGUCAGAUUUAAUGUUUGUGAGGUAUAGCACCACUCUGUUACUGUUCAUCAACAUGAUUUUAUUGUUGCUGUUGAGACAGUUAGUCCUGUACAGUCCUGAGUGGACUGGGACAGUGUUUUGUCAAAGGACACAGACAGACAGCAUGAAGCGGAAACACCUGGAAUCAAACAUCUGUCUGUGUGCAUUAACUGUGAAAUUAAAACCUAAUGCCUGUGGUCACGGUGGUGGAAAAGAUGAUUGUAUUCUUGUGAUAACUGU